AAGGGCUGCUAGGCUGGCACUUCAGUGUCUGGGUUAAAAAUAUUUUAAAGCAGUAAAUGCAGUCAGAACAGAGAGAGAGAUCCCUGGGAGCCUUCCUAUUCAAAAAUGUGCGAGCUCAGGGCAGCAACUGCAAUGUAAUUUAGGGCAGUAUAUGCUUCAUAGGUUUAGAGAAUAUUGCCUCUUGUUAAUGUUACAUUGGAGGACAGUGGGAUAGUAGUAAUUUUAGAGAGGUGGUAUUCCUGUUUGUUUUACAUUGGAAACUUCAGAAUAAAUAAAAAGAAGCAUCAAUUGAGGAAGAAAUGUAACUGCCGAAAACCAGCAAUGAAUCCACUUCUGAGCAGACUGUAGAAAGGACAGGGGAAAGUGGGUAUAGGAACAUUUUCGUGGCAAUGCAGCUGCAAAAGGAACUUAGCAGACAAAGACGAAAUCAGGACAAGUAGAAGCUGAAGUGCGUCCAUCCCAGAAGAACAACUGUGAAUUAAGUCUCUACAAUCAAUGACAAUUCUGGCGUUGGAAACUGGGGCAAAAGCUACUUUUUCCAAGUGAUCGAGUUACCACAGUGUAAAGAUUUUCCAAGGCAGUUGCAACAGCCUGAGAGCAUCCCCACAGGAAGUUACGGCUCAGUUGGCACAUAGUAAACCAUGAAGCUGUGCCUUCCUCUUGCUGGUGACCGGGUUCCUGUUUGAUCCUGUUUACAAGCUUUCAAAGAUUGAAAAUAACCCCAACUCCUCUGCAUUAGGUGAUGGGCACCUGAUAUUUGCCUGAGCUAUCCCGUUCUGUGGGCAGGCACUGACCCUUUCAGGAGAGAAGAAAUUAAAGAUUUCCUUCUUCUGCCUCACUGUGGUAGUGAAAGACUAGUGAGAGGAAACAAUAUGCAUCUGGGGAGUAAGGAAUGGAGUCUGUGAAUACGUGGACCUAAGGAAAGAAGGUCUCGGCAUACCACGGACUGAGAAAGACAUGAGUGUUGCCAGCAGAAGAAAAUAGAAAGAAGAGGAGCUGAGAAUUUGAACUGGGAGACUUGGCAGCUAAUUCAGAGGCAGCAGGUGUGUGAGCAACCCCCUGGAAAGAGGACCAAGUGUAGUUUGUGACAGAUCUGAGUGGAGAUGAUCCCAAGCUGAAAGUCAAAAAAAGGAUCUUCGUUUCAGUUCACCGAACGAUCUGGAAUUUUAUUCCAGCACCUAACACAGGAUGUCUUCCAAGCGACCAGCCUCUCCGUAUGGGGAAGCAGAUGGAGAGGUAGCCAUGGUGACAAGCAGACAGAAAGUGGGAGAAGAGGAGAGUGACGGGCUCCCAGCCUUUCACCUUCCCUUGCAUGUGAGUUUUCCCAACAAGCCUCACUCUGAGGAAUUUCAGCCAGUUUCUCUGCUGACGCAAGAGAACUGUGGCCAUAGGACUCCCACUUCUCAGCACAACACAAUGGAAGUUGAUGGCAAUAAAGUGAUGUCUUCAUUUGCCCCGCACAACUCAUCUACCUCACCCUUGAAGGCAGAAGAAGGUGGGCGUCAGAGUGGAGAGUCAUUGUCCAGCACAGCCCUGGGAACCCCUGAAAGGCGCAAAGGGAGCCUAGCGGAUGUUGUAGACACCCUUAAGCAAAGAAAAAUGGAAGAGCUCAUCAAAAACGAGCCAGAAGAAACUCCCAGUAUUGAAAAGCUACUAUCAAAGGACUGGAAAGACAAGCUUCUUGCCAUGGGAUCAGGGAACUUUGGAGAAAUAAAAGGGACUCCAGAAAGCCUCGCUGAGAAAGAAAGGCAGCUCAUGGGUAUGAUCAAUCAGCUGACCAGUUUGCGUGAACAGCUGCUAGCAGCUCACGAUGAACAGAAAAAACUGGCUGCAUCGCAGAUCGAGAAACAACGCCAACAAAUGGAGCUGGCUAAGCAGCAACAAGAACAGAUUGCAAGACAACAGCAGCAGCUCCUGCAGCAGCAACACAAAAUUAACCUUCUUCAGCAACAGAUCCAGCAGGUCCAGGGUCAGCUGCCUCCAUUAAUGAUUCCCGUAUUCCCUCCAGACCAACGAACCCUAGCAGCAGCUGCUCAGCAAGGAUUCCUUCUUCCUCCUGGUUUCAGCUACAAAGCGGGAUGCAGUGACCCCUACCCCGUUCAGCUGAUCCCGACUACCAUGGCAGCUGCUGCUGCAGCAACGCCGGGCUUAGGCCCGCUCCAACUGCAGCAGUUGUAUGCUGCCCAACUUGCUGCAAUGCAAGUGUCUCCGGGAGGCAAGAUACCUGGCAUACCCCAGGGUAACCUUGGUGCUGCUGUAUCGCCUACCAGCAUUCACACAGACAAGAGCACAAACAGCCCUCCACCCAAAAGCAAGGAUGAAGUGGCCCAGCCUCUGAACCUUUCAGCCAAACCCAAGACAUCUGAUGGCAAGUCUCCCACGUCACCCACCUCUCCUCAUAUGCCAACUCUGAGAAUAAACAGUGGGGCAAGUUCACUAAAAUCCUCUGUGCCAGCAACAUUAGCUAGUCCUUCGGCCAGAGCUAACACAAUAGACAUCCUUUCUUCUAUCACGUCGUCAGGUUAUUUAAAUGACCACGAUGCUGUUACCAAGGCAAUCCAGGAGGCCCGGCAGAUGAAGGAGCAACUUCGGAGAGAACAACAGGUGCUGGACGGGAAGGUGGCUGUUGUGAAUAGCCUGGGUCUCAAUAACUGCAGGGCAGAAAAGGACAAAACAACACUGGAGACCCUGACUCAGCAGCUGGCAGUAAAACAGAGUGAAGACGGGAAGUUUAGCCACACGAUGAUGGAUUUCAACAUGAGUGGAGAUUCUGAUGGAAGUGCAGGAGUUUCAGAAUCUAGAAUUUAUCGGGAAUCCAGAGGGCGUGGUAGUAAUGAGCCCCAUAUCAAGCGCCCAAUGAAUGCAUUCAUGGUGUGGGCUAAAGAUGAACGGAGGAAGAUCCUUCAAGCCUUCCCUGACAUGCACAACUCCAAUAUCAGCAAGAUACUAGGAUCUCGCUGGAAAGCUAUGACAAACCUAGAGAAGCAGCCAUACUAUGAGGAACAGGCCCGACUCAGCAAGCAGCACCUGGAGAAAUACCCAGACUACAAAUACAAGCCAAGGCCGAAGCGUACCUGCCUUGUAGAUGGCAAAAAAUUACGCAUUGGCGAGUACAAGGCUAUAAUGCGCAACAGACGCCAGGAGAUGAGGCAGUAUUUUAAUGUUGGGCAACAAGCACAGAUUCCUAUUGCCACCGCAGGCGUAGUUUACCCAGGAGCCAUCGCCAUGGCAGGAAUGCCUUCCCCACACCUGCCCUCUGAGCACUCGAGCGUCUCCAGCAGCCCAGAGCCUGGGAUGCCCGUCAUCCAGAGCACUUACGGCAUCAAAGGCGAGGAGCCUCACAUCAAGGAAGAGAUGCAGACCGAGGAUGUCAAUGGAGAAAUCUACGAUGAGUAUGAUGAGGAAGAGGAUGACCCUGAUGUUGACUAUGGCAGUGACAGUGAAAAUCACAUCGCGGGGCAAGCCAACUGAUCAGGGUCCAAAUAUCAUGUGACCUACAGGACUUCAAGGAGAAAAGGAAAAAAAAAUAAAGCCCCAUCUGGUUUAUCCUUGCCAGUGGCCAAGCACAUUAACUUUCUCAUACACUGACUGUUACUUUAACUGUUAGUCUUAACUAGUUGGGACAUCAGCUGACUAAUAGACAUCAGCCUGCAUCAGAAGAAAAAAGGCUCAGAAGAAAGGAAACAAAGACAACGACGACAACAACAACAGAAUGAUAUAAGCUAUGGGUAAAAUAAUGCCAGUAAUUCAGCUGCUAUACCCAAGCACUGAAGUCUUACCCGUCGACCUUUUAUUAUUAUUAUUUUUUUUUCAAAUAAACUUUAUGGCUGUUUGUUCUACAAUGUUCUAGAAAUUCUCACUCAGGUACACAGUGCCAACAAGUGGCUUGUGAAUGUGUUUUGUUGUUUUGUGCUACAGUUUAAAGAGAAAUAAUUUUUUUUUGGUAAUGCACCUGACAGGAAAGAAAAAAAGACAAAAUUCCUUUUCCCCUUCUGUCUCCUCCUCCUCCUCCCUGGCAUGUCUGGGUCAGAAGCGUGUGUGUGUGUGUGAGUGUGCGGGCAUGCAUGGCUGGCAAGGAAGGAAGUGGGGAGCCUGUUUCUGUUAACCCCAACAUGCAAUUAUUUCCUUUCAAGAGAGGACUUCUCUUCAUCAGUUGCACACCAUACUGAGUCUUUGAGCAAGUGCCAAAUUUGUACUACAGCGCUGAACUAGUCCAAUUGCUUUUUUUUGGUUGGUCUCUGUUUUUGUUUUUCUUGGUUUCCUUUUGCUUCCUGCUCUGUCUCAAGUUAGGACAGUGUUGUAUCUUAGACAAUCCCUUGAAGAACCUGAUAUACCAGCAGCUGGUGAGAUUAGACAUAUAUUUUUGGUUUUGGUUUUGGUUUUCAAAGGAAACUGUAGGUGCCAUUCUCAGGUGAAAAAAGAGAGAGAGAGAGAGACAUAAGAAAUUUAGAGAAAAAAAUAUUUUAUGAUCUUGGAUUUUCAUGUGUGCGUGUUUAUGGUACUAAUAAGAAUAAUAUUGGACUAUUGUGAGCAAAAAGCAUGUUCCGGAAUGAAAUCCCGCACCCUUCAAAGGACUUGGUCUGUAAGGAGCCUUUGCUUUUCAUUUACACUUCAAGUGGCAGCAUAUAGAACAUAAAAAAAGGAUUGUCCAAAACAGGAUUUGUUCAGCACAGGACAGGCAGCUGGAAAUGUCGCUGAGCAUAAUUAGGUUACUGUGAUGUCCAGUUUUAAUGAACUUGUACCUACGGGGUUGUUGAGCACUGAUUUCCAAUUCAAAAGGCAGUUGUUGUGUUUAUUUUUUUAACUAGCAUUUUUUCUCCUUUGCACUUGCAGAAAUCCAUUUUUAUCAGUAGGAUGUUUGUGUAGGAGGGAAGACUAAUAUCUAUGAAGAACUUUUCGUAUUCAGAAAAGGCAUGUAAGAACCCCAGCCUUUGCAGUGCUAAGUUUCUCUUGCUGCUGCCUCUCACAAGUAGAGAAGUUGUCUCCUGGGCUGUAAUACUUCCAGUGUUGUUCUAGAGCCCUUAGAUACAUUGCUUGUGCAGCUUUGCCUUCCUUGGGUAACAGCAACCAGGAUGAGGGAGGCAGAUUUACACAAGCGUAAUGCCGAGCAGAAGUUAGCCUACUGUAAUCUCAAUAAGGUAACUGAAUGUUACACUUUAUUUCAGAAAAAGAAUAUAAAUACAAGUGAAUCAUGGAGUCUCCUUUCAUCUCCUCACUCUGAUAUUCCUCUAGAAAGAAAGGACCCAGGUUCAUGUAGCAAGACAGAAGCAUUAGAUCUAAACCAACCAACCAACCAACCAAAACAACUACUUCUCAUUUCAAGCAGCAGCUGUCCAGUAGAUCCUCUCUGCCUUGAGAAAGAAAGUCUUAGGAUCGUACAGAGAAAAAAAGCCUUCCUCUGAAUCAGUUUUCUAACCGAGGAUACCACCUUUGUGUGGCUCACUGGAAAAUCCCUGCUCCUAGAGAGACUCAUUGCAAGCAUUCACUUUAACUUGUGAAAAUAGCCCUGUGUAUCUUUGUGCCAGCCAGAUCCCAGCCCAAAGGUUCACCAGAAACAUGGUCUUCAGUACUUGGCAACACUGAUUUUGCAAAUGGUUCCUUAAUCAGGCAAAUUUAGACCUCAGAGUAAUCAGCCAUUUAAAUCUAGGUGCCGGGUGGAAAGGGCAGGUAGCAGGAGGGGCUGGGAAGGAGGACGUGGGGUCUUCCUUUCCUGCUGGAAUACCACUUGAAGUGUAACUUGACCUCUGCAGACCUUGUGCAAAGCAAACAAGAAAAUGCCGUUGAAGAGUUAGGACAGUAAUCUGGCGAGCGGUUUGGACGUGUGUUAGUUUUACCCUGCAACAUCUGUUUUAUUUUUCUCCUUGUUUUUGCUUUUUGAUGUCCACCUCUGCCUCACAAAAAUUCUUUUCUAUUUUCUCUCUCUCAGAAGAUUUGCUCUGAAGUUAUGCUUGGAGUAGCUGAUCAUAUCCUCCAUGUCAGAGAGGGUUCUUUUUGUAUUUUAUGACUGUGUUUUUUUGUUUUGCCUUUUUUUUUUUUUUCAGUUGAACUGCCUCUUCUUGCUAGUGUUGUAAUGGUAAUUAUAAUAAUAAUAAUAAUGGUCAGCUGUUCCCAGAUUAGUAAAUUAUGUAUAAUUUAUUUUAUUCCCUCCUUCCUUUUUUAACUUUAUUUUAUUCUGUUCUAAUUUGGCAGUGCAGCAAAUGAAGCUGUUAGGCUAUUUAAAAUGGAUACCCCUCCCCACCUUGCCUUUUUAUAUAUAUAUAAAUAUAUAUAUAUAUACAUAUGAAAACAAAUCGCUUCUUCUUCUGCUCACAUCAUUCCUCUUUCUGUUAUUUUAAUUUUGGCCCCAGCCAUGUCAACUUCUGAUGUUUAUUAUGAUGGAGUGAAUUAAUGGGAGUGUUGUUUUCAAUCUUAAUUAACUUCUGCUCUCUCAUCACUUAUUUUAGUUAUUUAAUUACACCAGUCAUCUAGAGCCAAUUUUUUUGAAGCACUCUGUUUGGAUAAGAAGGAAAAAAAAUAGGCAAUUGUUUUUAUAUCAUUAUUAUGUACAAUGUGAAAACAGAUAUUUGCUCCUUUUUUUUUUUUUAACUUUUAAAUUUGUUCCCUGUCUUUGUGAACAAAUUACGUCUGACUCUCGUGGGUUCACCUCACAUUUGCUGUAUGCUUGAUUUCCACCACGUUAUAGAGACUCUCUGGUUUAAUUGUGUAAUGUUGGGCUACCAGAAUACUUUGUUUUAGCUCCAGGUAGGUGCCACCGCAGCAGGCAUGAUUGGAGCAAGUCUUGGACAUGUGGGCUGGAAAGCCGGCCUCGGUGAAGUCGAUGGAGAAAAGGCUCCUAGACUUCAACAGGACCGAAUUUCAGCCCUGUGCUACGUCAGGGCUGCAGGAGAUGCUCUGGAGAUGCUCUCAAGGUGGCCCCGUCCCAGUCGGCAGGGUCCGUCCCAUGCCAGAGGGCGGCAGGACUGAGCUCUGCCCUCAUCACUUACCGUGUUCGCCUGAGCUAAGGCUCCGAUGAACGCUGUGUUUGUUACCUGCACGUUUCCAUCUGAGAGACUGCGCUAGAGCCUAGGGUUUGGUCAGGCUAUUGGAAUGGGUAGCUAUAGCAAACUAUCUGCCUCCUGCAUCUGGAUGCUGAAACUGAUGCAGCAAUGAUGAAAUAGGAAAAAAAAAAAAAAAAAGAAAAAAAAAAAGAAAAAAAAAAGAAAAAAAAGGCUCUAGAGUCCCAAACCAGCAAAACACUUGUGCCUGUGCUAAGGUUUUGCUGGAUCAAAGCAAGAGCGCCCAUAAAUCCUUUGGCAGUAGAAGACCAGGUUUGAAGACGAGGCCCUAUUUGUCCCUCUUUCAUUUCUCA